AUGGACAAAUACAUUGAGGGAUAUUCAUCAUAUGGACGGAUGCUUCGUUACUACAACAUUCUUUCAACCGAAGCUGCGAGUCCGGAGAAAAUCACCGCUGCGAUAGAAUACACUCAGCGAUUGAAUAACAUUGGUGCGUUUGCCAAACUGAAAGAAGUCUUAAGUUCGCAACUUGCAUUAGACGAGCCGCAGUGGAAGAAGGAGACUGCGUCGAAGCUCUUUGACACUGUGAAAGAGUUAGAAGGUCGGAUUUCAGCCGUUUACGUAGACGACGAGAAGGCGGAACUUCUGUUUGAGUUAUCGGACAUCCACGAGAGUCACGGGGAGUACGCCAAAGCCGUUAAAAACUGUUUAGGAGCGAUAGAGAAUAUCAAGAAUAGUACAUUAUUAGCUAAAGGAUAUUACCGCCUGAUCCGACUUAACAUCUUCCUCGAGAACUUCCAUCAGGCAAACACAUUUUUGGAGAAGUUGAAAAGUUUGAAUGACAGCGUCAAAGCGUUUUAUACGGCUUUCAUUAACUUCAUGUCAUUCUUUAUGGCUAUUCGGAGCACAGAGAAUUUUGUGAACGCGUUCAAUUUGCUGGAUUCAGUCACAACAUUUGAGGAAAAGGACAAAUGGCAGUUCUCGGAGUUUCUGAGCUUUGAGGACGUCGCGAUCUUUGGGACACUCAUUGGACUACUCACCCAAAAACAUAAGGUCAACGUCGAAAACUUAGUAAACAACUCUAAAUUCAGAAAUCAGGCGAAUACGGUGCCGGAGCUUGUGGUGUUACUUGAAGACUAUAAACAAAACAAAUUUGCGAAUAUCUGUAAUGACGUCAGACAACUUGAGAAGUACAUGAAAUACAAUUUGUACUUUGGACAGAACAUUGGAAGUGUUAUAGCGACGGUUCGAUCGAAGUGCUAUAUAGAAUAUAUCUUUGCAUAUAGCGUCGUCGAUAUGAAUUUGAUGGCAAAAAUGUUUGGAGACUCUCUGAUCACCGUGGAGAACUCAUUGGAGGAAUUUAUUAAUGCGGGAACUAUUAAGGCGAAGAUAGACUCGAUUACACAUACUCUCAUCUUCGUACAAGGAGACGAAAGAUAUAACGCAUAUAACGCAGCGGUGGAAGCUGUCACUAAGGCUAUUCAAUUGUCACAAGAAAUCGUUCUUAAAAGUGACGCUAUGCUUGACUUCAUUUAA